ACCAAAUGACAUAAUUCAAAAAUAACCUCAUCACUUUAUGAUCCAAUUAAGUGUAAUAUGCAGUUAACUGUUACGAUCCUUAUCAUAACCUCCAGGUUAUGAAACACAGUGAUUCAAACAGCAUGUAAGAAGUACCUGUUACAACCAUUGUAUCACUCUGUUUAAUACCCAUCAGAUAUUUGCUUUAGCCUGACGAAUCUUAAAACAAGGGCAAGCAACCAUUACAUUGACCCAGUUUUAACCACAAUACUCACCCACGUAAUAUUGCCACGAUGUCAGGAACUUCUUGGAAUCUUCUCUAAUAAAACUUUUAUUGCUUAUACCUCGGACAAGAUUGUUUCAUUGUUUCAGAAGAACCACCAUGAUUUAGCCUCGAGCUCUCAGUUAACAUCUUUCUGUUAUAUUACUUGCUCGGAUGGGGGUAUCAAAUAAAAAAUGUUCUAUAUUACUUUUACGUUAAACAAUGCUCUUACAUCAAAGGAACGCUAAAGAAUGAACUUUCAUACAAAACAUCUCAAUAAAAAUUCUAUGUCCACACAAUAGUCUAUUAUUUUCAAACAACACAAAGUAUAUGCACAUGUAUACAGCCUCUGUUCAUAUUUGAAGAGUACUUAAGAGUUCAGAACCUGAAAUAGUAGACGUUACGAAUGUGAUUAGACUCUGGCCUAUUCCAACAGCUCUCAGCAAACAUUUCAUCAUAGAAAUAUGAAUAAGACAAGAGAGGCUGUAGUCAAGAAAAGCCCCCGUUGACGAAACUGACAUUGAUCUAGUCAGCUGGAUCCCUGAAAGGGAAAACGAAGGACGCGAAAGGAGUAGGAGAUAAUUCGGGUUGACAUUGGACGAUGGUGUGAUGUUUAACCUCUCCCCUUGUACACACACAUCAUCAUUUCGCUACCUGGUAUCUGUACAGAUACGACAGAUCGAUAGAAGAAAUAUAACCGAUGCAGAGCGUAGUCGUCUGAAAUCAAUUGAUGAAGUAUCUUAUAUUGAUUUCAAUUCACCACCCUCGAUUCCCUCGAAACGACCGAACGUCUGCGAUGAUUGUGUUUGUGGAGUCGGGAGAAAAACAAGAAUUGUCGGUGGAAAUGUAACAAGUAUUUCCGAGUAUCCUUGGAUUGUUAGCUUCACUAAACAAGGUACAUUUUAUUGUGCUGGAAGUCUAAUAACUCGGAAGCAUGUACUCACAGCAGCUCACUGUUUGGAGGGGUUUGAUACCAGAAGCAUCAAGCUAAUAUUGGCUGACAGCGAUCGUCCAAAUAUCAACAAAAAUUCCAUAGUUCGUCGUAUUAAGUCAGUCGUUCUUCACGAAAAUUUCCAUCCGUAUUCAUACAACAAUGACAUUGCUAUUGUUGAAAUGGAUCGAUCAGUGGAUUUGACUGGUCUCGUUCGAACUGCAUGCUUACCCGAAGACAAAGCCAUCGAUUAUACCGGUGCAACAGCCACAGUAAUUGGUUGGGGACGAACCGGAGAAAAUCAACCUGUAAGUGACGAACUUCGAAAGGUAAAUCUACCAAUUUUGUCGCAGGAAGAGUGUGAUCAAGCAGGAUACCAAAAGAAUCGUAUUACGGAGAACAUGUUCUGUGCUGGUUACCUAGAAGGAGAACGUGACGCUUGCUUUGGUGACAGUGGUGGUCCUCUUCACGUAAAGGGCACGUACGGUCAUCUUGAAGUAAUAGGUAUAAUUUCCUGGGGUCGUGGCUGUGCAAGACCAAAUUUCCCCGGAAUAUACACAAAACUAACCAAUUACCUCGGAUGGAUGAAAGACCUCCUCGGAAAAGAAUGCGUAUGUCCACCACCUCGUCGCCAAUAAAUUAUUCCACAGAAAGCAGUAUAAACAUCGUAAUAACUGGAAUUCCCCACAUAAGGAAAUACCCACAUACCAUAUCAAGAAUCAUGAAAUUCCCCAGAGACAAGAGUCACUUUUUUUUCUGGGCCCAAAUGUCUCCCACCCCUGAGUAUUAAGUACUAGUAUAAUCAGUAUUAAGUCCCUUAUACGAUCUCAAGAAUUUGUAUAUUUAUUUUAUCAUUCGACUUAUUGUUUGCAGUCUGUAAGUUGUAUAUAAUGUACUUAUGCAACGUUGUCGAGAUGUUGCUAAUCGUUAAUUUAUUGUGAACAUUGAAUCAUUGCAUGCAGUUUAAUCUAGUCCGAUAUAAAUAGAUGUUUAUGUUGUCAUAUUUGAUAGAGUGAAUAAAGA